AAUUGUCUUUUUUGGUUUGGUUCGGUUCGGUUGGCUCACUCAGUUAUUAAAACAAAAUUAUGUAAGAAGAUCAACAAAGGAGUGGGAAAGACGACGCGUGCGAAGAUGUUGAUCCAGUAAUGGAUGCUGUUGCAGAAAUACAUAAUUUUUAGAAAAUAUUGUAUUUUUAAUAGAAAAAAAAUAUGUUGGGGGGUUUUUUCUUCAAAAACAUGAAUUUUGGGGGGAUUCCGGGUAAGUUUUGGGGGAAGGCGAAAUGGCUUUCUGGUAACACUGAAACCAAUGUUAUCAAUAAUACCCACAAUGUAUUCGACUGAAGGAUUCUGUAUCCAGGUCAUGAAUAAAUUUAAAAAAAAAUGAUAACAACCAAUCAAAACAAGGUCUCAGGAAGGUUAUAAAUUUAUGAUAAAUACUACUUAACAAGAGAAAUUGUGACUACAAAUUCGUUUAUUGCUAAUUUAUUCUAGAAAUGAGUAGUGAAAAAAAGAAGGCGUUGUUUAUUUGCUUAGGCAAUAUCUGUAGAUCGCCCAUUGCUGAAGGAGUAUUUCAGAAAACUGUUGAUGACAUGAAGAUGGGGGAUCAGUGGGAAAUAGAUAGUGCUGCUAUUGGUAGCUGGCAUGUUGGAAAUCCCCCUGAUUGGAGAGCAUUAGAUACUUUGAAGAAACAUGGGGUACCUUAUGACAAUUGCGCUAGACAAAUAACAACAGAAGACUUUAGUUACUAUGAUUAUAUUUUUGGUAUGGAUGAAGCUAAUAUGAGAGAUUUAAAUAAGAGAGCACCUAAAGGUAGCAAGGCUAAACUUUUACUCUUUGGCGAUUUUGAUUCUGAAGGAGAUAGGAUUAUAAGAGACCCUUACUAUGAUUCAGAUUCAACUGGAUUCGAAAAGUGUUAUCAGCAAUCAUGCCGCUGUUCCAAAGGUUUUUUAGAACAAUUUAAAAAAAUUUGAAAUCUAUACUGCUGUACUACUUCCAUAUUAUUAACCAUAUUAUAUUUAAGCAUUUAAAUGAUGUUCUGAUUAUUUU